AUGUCGCGAAGCAGAAGCGGCUGUCUGACCUGCAAGCGCCGCCACCGCAAGUGCGACGAGACGCGGCCCGACUGCCUGCAGUGCCUCGGCCAGGGGGUCGAGUGCGGGGGUUACCGGACCAUCCUGCGAUGGGGCUCCGGCAUCGCGUCGCGGGGUCGCUUUGCCGGCGCGCCGGCGCCCGUUGAUGCUGUCGCUGUCGAUGCGCCGAAGCCACCGAAGCGGAAGAGGACGACCUCGGUGCCGGACCGAACGGCCGGGGAGAGCGAAAGCCCUGGCGUGUCCUCCGAGUACAGCUCCCCGAGCUCAUUUCUUCCCACCAGUCUCAAUCAUGACAUCGGCACGUCGGCUUCUACAUAUCCCGGGUCGUCCACGGCCGGCCCGAGACUGAUGGACCGGACUGGGCUGAGGCCGGAACCGGAGCUGCCACCAAGCCAAACCCUCUCGCCAGGCCGUACAGAGCAGGAUCGCCGUCUUUUUGAAGAGUUCAACGAAACCACCGUUUUUCUUCUCUACUCGGGUCGCCGAGACGACGGGUUCAGGGACGAGCUCCGCCGCCUAGCACAGAGAUCCGAGGCCCUCUGCUCCAUCCUGCUGGCGACGCACCUCUACGUCUCCUGCCCGGCCAGCCCGCCGCCGUUGUUCGAGGAGUACUACGUCCGCGGGCUCUCGCUGUUCCGCAAGCAACUGGAAUCGUCCGACGGGACGGUGAACGUAGGCGUCAUGCAUGCCGGGCUCUUUAUCUGCACUCUCAACCUUUUCCAGAGCGCGCCCUGGUCCAUCCACCUCGAGCUCAUGACCACCGUCUACGGUCUCGGCGGCGCCCUGCACGGCUCGCCCGUCCUCGCAGACCCGGACGCGCAGCUCUCCCUGGAGAUCAUGGCGCUGAUGGACAUGCCGACCUUCGUCCGGGGCCGCUCGACGCUGACGCUGGGCAUCUGGAGUCGCGUCCGCCAGGCGCAGCAGAUGUGGCAGGACGCCGGCCCCCCGCCGGCCGAGAGGUGGAGGAGGGGCGGCGUCGAGCUCGUCUCCGGCCUGCCGCGGUCCCUUCUCGACAUCUUCUCGACCAUCGAGGACGCGUCCUCCGAGGCGGCGUUCUUGGCCUGGCCGGGUGAGGUCGGCGAGGUGCCGCAGGUUCACCUGUGGGAGGCGUACCGUCUCGCGGGCGUCCUCACGGGCCGCCGGCUGAGAAGGAGGAGAAGGAGGAAGACGGGCAACUGUGGUGGCAUCAAUGGCGGCCCAGCGGCGGAAGACGUCGUCCCUUCUUCGCCGGAGAUGGUGUCUAUACCGCCGACAGAUGUGCUCCUCUGCCGCCUCGUGGCCGCCGUGGACGCGCUCUGCGACACGCGCGGCCGGCCCGAGCACGCCCGAUCCCUCGCGGCCAACUCGCUGACCUACCCGUACGUGGCCGCGCGACUUGAGGUCGCCGCGCUGCUCCGCCAUCCAGAAUGGUUGCGGCAUCUCCGUCGGGCGGCCGACGUGUGCCGGCCGUACGGGAGGACGGCGAACGCCCUCCACAUCGCGGAGAUGCUCGACGAGGCCUGGGUGCUGCGGGACGACGAGUACGACAUCGAUGAGGGUAGCCGGAGGAGGAACGUCGAGGUCGCCCUUUUCUGA